AGCUGUGUUUUAAAUCGGGAAAAAAUUCUUUCAUUAUCACUUUGUGACAAAUUCGUCCCGUGAUAUUUAACAAUGAAAAGAAUCGUUUUGGUUCUCGUUGCCAUUCUAUUUGUUUGUUUGAUCACCGGUAGACAUCACAGAGACAGUGACUACCUAAAUCACGUGCAAUUGGUAAACCAAUUUCGAUGUUCAUUGCCACAACCACGAGCAAUUCCCAUAGAAGAACUUCUUACAGUUGGACCCAGUCUAGAUGAAAUUUUCUAUCCUCCUUCAACGGUAUUAGCACGUUGCGGUGGGUCCGGAUGUUGUCCCGAUCCCAAACAGAUCUGUGCAUCGACCGAGACUAGAAACGUUAGUUUGGUAUUCAUGGUAAAACACCUCAUAGAUCGACAACGGGACAGGCACCAUGAGGUUAUUCAUGCUUUGGAAGAUACAAAAUGUGCUUGCAUAAAUACGAUCAAAAUCAAUAUGACCUAAUGUUUUCGUAAAAGUAUAAUAAAUAUAAUGCAAAUGUGUGAACAUAUUUAUGUGUGUGUGUAUGUAUGUAUGUAUGUAUAUGCGUGCGUGUGCGUAUGUUUGUGUCAUUAUCAGUGCAUCAAUUAAUGAUGAUAAUUGCUUUAAAAACAUACAAAUUUAUAUGUAUCACGUAAUAAUUUCCAUAUCAAUCAUAUUAUAUAGUCGCUUGUUUUUAUCGUGGAUAUUAUAUUCUCUAAAAAAUAUUACUUUCACAGUUAUUUAUUUAUUGUAAUAAAAUUUAUCAUUUAUAUUUCGAAUUAACUAAAA